ACCCCGUGACCCGGAAGUGGAUGCGAGGCCCGGCCCGUGGCGCUGGUCUCCGUGCCCCUCUUGAGCGGCAUGGCUUCCUCGCGGGCCCCCGCCGUGCGUGUCGCCCCGGGGCGGGCCCCGCUUCCUCAGCCGGGCCCGGCUCCAUCCCCGCGGGCAACAAAAAACAAGCUCUCAGAGGACAGUGAUGCUCCCCCACCCAAGAGAUCCCAUAUCUUCUAUGGCAGCUUGGAGGAGAAGGAAAGGGAACGUAUUGCCAAAGGAGAAUCAGGGCUGCUGGGAAGAGAGAGAGUGAAAGCUGCGAUUGAGGCAGGCAAUAUUAACAUAACCAGCGGUGAGGUCUUUGAUCUUGAAGACCACAUAAGUGAGCGUCAGGCAGAAGUGUUGGCUGAGUUUGAGCGCAGGAAGCGUGCCAGGCAGAUCAACGUUUCCACAGAUGACUCUGAAGUCAAGGCGUGCCUCCGAGCACUUGGGGAGCCCAUCACGCUGUUUGGAGAGGGGCCUGCAGAACGGAGAGAAAGAUUGAGAAAUAUCCUCUCGGUGGUUGGCACAGACGCCUUAGAAAAGACCAAGAAAGAUGAUGAAAAAUCUAAGAAAUCCAAAGAAGAGUAUCAGCAAACUUGGUACCAUGAAGGGCCAAACAGCCUGAAAACAGCUAGGCUGUGGAUCGCCAACUACUCGCUCCCCAGGGCAACAAAGCGGCUGGAAGAAGCCCGUCUGUACAAAGAGAUCCCAGAAGCGACCAGGACAUCCCAGAAGCAAGAACUGCACAAAUCCCUGCGGUCCUUGAAUAAUUUCUGCAGUCAGAUUGGGGAUGACCGCCCGAUAUCUUACUGCCAUUUCAGUCCCAAUUCCAAACUCCUCGCCACAGCCUGCUGGAGUGGCCUGUGCAAGCUCUGGUCUGUGCCUGACUGCAGUCUUGUUCAUACUUUAAGAGGGCACAACACCAACGUAGGAGCAAUAGUGUUCCAUCCCCAGGCUACUGUCUCCCUGGACAAGAAGGACAUCAACCUGGCCUCUUGUGCAGCUGAUGGCUCUGUCAAACUCUGGAACCUUGAAAGUGAUGAACCGGUGGCAGAUAUCGAGGGCCAUACAAUGAGAGUGGCACGAGUGAUGUGGCAUCCCUCUGGGAGGUUCCUGGGCACCACUUGCUAUGAUCACUCCUGGCGCCUCUGGGACCUGCAAGCUCAAGAGGAGAUUCUCCAUCAGGAGGGGCACAGCAAGGGGGUCUAUGACAUCGCCUUCCACAUAGAUGGCUCUCUUGCUGGGACUGGUGGCAUGGAUGCCUUUGGUCGGGUAUGGGAUCUGCGUACUGGACGCUGUAUCAUGUUCCUGGAGGGCCACCUGAAGGAAAUCUAUGGGAUUAACUUCUCCCCAAAUGGAUAUCACAUAGCAACAGGCAGCGGGGACAACACAUGCAAAGUGUGGGACCUCCGCCAGAGGAAGUGUGUCUACACCAUACCUGCCCACCAGAACCUGGUGACCGGGGUGAAGUUUGAACCUACGCAUGGUAACUUCCUACUCACCGGUGCUUAUGAUAACACAGCCAAGAUCUGGACUCACCCAGGCUGGUCCCCUCUGAAAACGCUGGCUGGCCACGAGGGAAAAGUAAUGGGACUGGAUAUCUCCUCAGAUGGGCAGCUAAUAGCAACAUGCUCAUAUGACAGGACCUUCAAGUUGUGGAUGGCAGAGUCGCUCUGAGCUGCCAGUGACCCAGGGCGGGGAAUAUCACAGACUGGGCUGUCCCUGCAUUUUUAUAUUAAAAAAAAAAAAAAAAAAAGUCAACUGUUGCAUCAACUACAAUGGUGGCUGGGGUUGCUGGCUGAUGUCGGCUUCCCCAUGGUGCUGGUGCAUCCCCUGUGCUGGGAGUUGGCCAAAGUCAGAGUUGAUCUGAGCUGGAGUGAUUCUGUAACCUCACCUUGUAUGAUUUGUAUAAUCUCUACCCCCUGGCUCUGGGGAGAGCCAUCUACUCUACCACCCCUUCAUCAUGGGCUUUACUCUUUGUUAUAUAUGUUUGUAAAUACCCACGCACCCCUUCAGAUGUACUGUACCAUCAAACCCAUCAGUUGGCAUCACCCUCAA